CGCGCUCUCGCCGCCGUCGCCCCGCCGGAGCGGGAGCCGGAGCCCGGGCCGGAGCGGGCGCAAUGGAGCCCCCGCGUGCGCCCGCUCUGCGCCGCCUGCUGCCGCCGCUGCUGCUCCUGUUGCUGCCUCUGCCCCCCCGCGUCCGGGCCAAGUACGUGCGGGGCAACCUCAGCUCCAAGGAGGACUGGGUGUUCCUGACAAGGUUUUGCUUCCUCUCGGACUAUGGCAGACUGGACUUCCGUUUCCGAUACCCCGAGGCCAAGUGCUGCCAGAAUAUCCUCCUGUAUUUUGACGACCCAUCCCAGUGGCCAGCCGUGUACAAGGCCAGGGACAAGGACUGUCUGGCCAAGGAGUCAGUGAUCAGGCCCGAGAACAACCAGGUCAUCAACCUCACCACCCAGUACGCUUGGUCAGGCUGCCAGGUGGUGUCUGAGGAGGGCACCCACUACCUGAGCUGUUCCAGUGGCCGCAGCUUCCGUUCAGUUCGAGAAAGGUGGUGGUACAUUGCGCUCAGCAAGUGUGGGGGAGAUGGGCUGCAGCUGGAGUAUGAGAUGGUGCUCACCAAUGGCAAGUCCUUCUGGACUCGGCACUUCUCAGCUGAUGAGUUUGGGAUCCUGGAGACGGAUGUGACUUUCCUCCUUAUCUUCAUCCUCAUCUUCUUGCUCUCCUGCUACUGUGGAUAUUUGCUGAAAGGUCGUCAGUUGCUCCAUACGACUUAUAAAAUGUUCAUGGCUGCAGCGGGAGUGGAGGUCCUGAGCCUCCUGUUUUUCUGCAUCUACUGGGGCCAGUAUGCCGCGGACGGCAUCGGCAACGAGAGUCUGAAGAUCCUGGCCAAGCUGCUCUUCUCCUCCAGCUUCCUCAUCUUCCUGCUGAUGCUCAUCCUUCUGGGGAAGGGAUUCACAGUGACACGGGGCCAUAUCAGCCACUCGGGCUCCGUGAAGUUGUCUGUCUACAUGACCCUGUACACCCUGACCCACGUAGUGCUGCUCAUCUAUGAGGCUGAGUUCUUUGACCCCGGCCAGGUGCUAUACACGUACGAGUCGCCAGCAGGCUACGGGCUCAUCGGGCUGCAGGUGGCAGCAUAUGUGUGGUUCUGCUACGCUGUGCUGGUCUCCCUGCGCCACUUCCCUGAGAAGCAGCCCUUUUACGUUCCCUUCUUUGCUGCCUAUACCCUCUGGUUCUUUGCGGUGCCCAUCAUGGCCCUGAUCGCCAACUUUGGGAUCCCCAAGUGGGCCCGGGAGAAGAUUGUCAAUGGUAUCCAGCUGGGGAUCCACUUGUAUGCCCAUGGCGUGUUCCUGAUCAUGACUCGUCCCUCCGCGGCCAACAAGAACUUCCCGUACCACGUGCGCACGUCGCAGAUCGCCUCUGCCGGGGCCCCGGGCCCGGGAGGGAGCCAGGCGGCGGACAAGGCCUUCCCGCAGCACGUCUACGGCAACGUGACGUUCAUCAGCGACUCGGUGCCCAACUUCACGGAGCUCUUCUCCAUCCCCCCGCCCGCCUCCUCCGCCGGGAAGCAGGUGGAGGAGACGGCGGUGGCGGCGGCGGUGGCCCCGAGGGGCCGUGUGGUGACCACGGCCGAGCCGGGCGCGGCCUCCCCGCCCCUGCCCGCCCGCUUCCCCCAGGCGGCCGAGCUGGGCUGGGAUGGCCCGACGCCGCCCUACCAGCCGCUCGUGGCCCCGACGGCGGCGCCGCACACCGGCUUCACCGAGUACUUCAGCAUGCGCACGGCCGGGGGCCCCGCACCCCCGCUCUGAGCGCCCCCGCCCAGCCCCGCCCCCGGGCCGCGCCGGGUCCCCUCCGGUCCCAUCCCGCCCCUCCCUGCCCGGCUCCGGCCUCCGGCCCCCGCUGCUUACCGGCCCCGGGCUCGGCCUCCCCCCCCAGCCCCCCGACUCUUGUGCCAAACGGUCCCGCGGGAGCCGCUCUCCCCGUCCCCUCCCUCAGCCCCUGCCCCGAGCGGCGCCGGAUUCUGGGCUCCCGCUGUUCCGUGACCUCCGGCCCCCCGGCCCCCUCCGUGACCUCUGACCCCGCGGGACCCCGAGGCGGCAGAGAACACCGGCCGGACCUGCCCUUGACCCUCCAGGAUCCUCGGCCGCAGCUCCUGGGACAGACGCACAUGGCGAAGCUAUUCUACGUUCUGAACCCCUCCUUCCUGUGGAUCUGUCUGACCUGGGACCCGUGCUUUGUCCACCCAUGGUUGUCUCCAUGCUGGGGGUCCCCUUCUCAGGAUCCCCCCGGCAGACGUUUUUUUUUUUUUCUUUGUCCCUUUCCCUUCUUGCCAAAAUAAAAAGAGUCGUUGAGUUUUUGACUACAA